GAAGCGACGGGGAGGGGAGUGGAAAUAAAUAAAUAAAGACGACGGCGAAGAGGAGGGAGGGGGGGAACCCGCAAAAUGGCGGAAAAUUUAAAAGCCCCUGUAGCCUGCUCCGUAUGUUGCAAAUCCACUCGGUCCCAGCUCCAGGAUUUGUGCCGCUUGGAAAAGCUAUGCUGCCCUUCUUUGGGAGUCACCAGGAAAAAUCUCUAUGACUUUGAAGUGGAAUAUCUGUGUGACUACAUGAAGAUCCGGGAUGAGGAAUACUAUCUGGUGAAAUGGCGGGGCUACCCUGAAUUGGAGAACACCUGGGAGCCCCGUAAGAACUUGCGCUGCUUAAGCAUCCUUAAGCAGUUCCACCGGGACCUAGAGCAGGCGUUGAUCCGGCGAGGAGACAAAAUCCAAAAGAACAUGCGCUUUCUUGACCAAGGCAUUACCAACUAUCUGGUACAGAAAGCCAAACAGCGGCAGGCUCUGCAGCAGUGGGAGUAUGAGCUCAACGCCAAACGCAAUCACAAGGGACGCAUUGUGGUAGAGAAUGAGGUGGAUUUGGAUGGGCCUCCGCGGGACUUUGUCUACAUUAAUGAGUAUAAGGUUGGGGACGGCAUUGUCCUCAAUCAGGUGGCUGUGGGCUGCGAAUGCCGAGACUGUCUAUUGGAAGCAUCGGGGGGGUGUUGCCCAGGUGCUUCGAACCAUAAGUUUGCCUAUAACGAGCUCGGCCAAGUGAAGAUCAAGGCUGGCAUGCCCAUCUAUGAGUGCAAUUCUCGCUGCAACUGUGGGAUGGACUGCCCCAAUCGUGUGGUGCAGAAAGGCAUCCGUUACGAUCUCUGCAUUUUCCGGACAAAUAACGGGCGUGGCUGGGGUGUGCGCACGCUGGAGAAGAUCCGCAAGAACAGCUUUGUCAUGGAAUAUGUGGGAGAGAUCAUCACAUCAGAGGAGGCUGAGCGACGGGGUCAAAUCUAUGACCGGCAGGGUGCCACUUACCUCUUUGACCUGGACUACGUAGAAGAUGUAUAUACAGUGGAUGCUGCCUACUAUGGCAACAUUUCGCAUUUUGUCAACCACAGUUGUAACCCUAACCUACAGGUGUACAAUGUCUUUAUUGAAAAUUUGGAUGAGCGGCUGCCACGCAUUGCCUUUUUUGCUACUCAGCCAAUCCGUGUCGGUGAAGAACUCACCUUUGACUACAACAUGCAAGUGGACCCAGUAAAUUCAGAGAGCACAAGGAUGGACUCUAAUUUCGGUCUAGUGGGAGGCCUGACUGGUUCCCCGAAGAAGCGGAUGCGCAUCGAGUGCAAGUGUGGCACCGAGUCCUGCCGGAAGUACCUCUUCUAGUUCCUUGGCAAUUUUGCUUGGAAAAUGUCUGGCCGUGCUUGAACUGGAAGGCAAGAGAUGAACUGGCAUUUGCUGCUAAACAGCAGGCAAGAGGGUAAGAGUCAAUAAUGGACUAGCUUGAAAAAAAAAACCCAGAUUAUCAGGACUAUGAACUACAUAGAGGGCAAUUAACUCAACCUCUGUUGUAUUUCCCAGCCCUACAUGGCAGCUUCUUAUUACCAAACAGAAGUAUUCUAAAUGGUAGGCAAGGGACUUUUCAAUAGGUGACUGAAUCGUCAAACUUGCUGCUGAGAUGCUGGCUGCAAGGACAACAGUCUAGAACAAAUCAUACGUCUGCAGGAGUGUUUUCUCCUCUUCAGUUUAUUAUUAGAAAGGCUUGAUUGCAGGUGCUCUGGGGCAGAGAACACUGGUUAAUUUCUUUCCUUUGUUGUGGUUUACUAAGGGCUAGAAUGUCUCUUUCUAAAUUGGAAGCACUUCCUGGUUGCCUUACAGAUAGGGGGGGGGGGAACCCAACCACUUGGUUUUUCAUGGAUUUGACUGGGCACAAGCUCUGUAUUACCUCAUUGUGCUAUAUAUGACUGCUGUCCGCCUCUAUACAUUCAUGGAAUCUCCUUUCAGCAUAGCAUGGGGGAGAGAGUUCAAGAGAAUUUGUACUUGAAGUUGCACUUAAUGCCUACCUUGGAGUUGUCCUAUGCAAACAGACAAGCCGUUGUCACCUCUCUUAACUAAUGUAUUUUUUUCUAAAAGGACAUUUUUAAAAGUGUAUUGUUGGAAGUUGGUUGGGGCAAAGAAUCUAAGCUUCUAGACGCAGCUGUGUUUUGGGAGCUGGAAUGAAGCUUCUAAUUGAUGGCUGAUGAACUUAAUUAGAUGGUUGGAUUCUUUAUUCUGUUUAUGACGUAACACUUUUUGUAUUGAUUGUUUCUUUUAAAAAACAAACAAAGUCAGAUGCCUUGAGUAGUCUAAUUGUGUAUGGAGAAUGGGAACUGGAAGCCCUCUUGAGCCUAGCAAGAGGAAGACAAAACUGAAGUUGGCUAACAUUUGAGGAAGUCAUAGCAAGCGCUCGGUGCUUUCACUCACUUGUAGAAUAUUUUAGCGGCCUUUAGUACAGAAAAAAGGGGGCAGGUUGUUGCAGGGGACACUGAACUUACGUUUGACAUAUAGAUGUUAUGCUUUUAAAACUAUUUUUAUCUCUUAGUAUCCAUUUCCCUUCUAGUAAUCAAACCCACACUUUAUGAACUAUCUACAUCAUCAACAAUCUAGUAAUAUUUCUUAAACAAUAGGACACAUUGCCUUCCUUCCUUGCCUUAUGAAGAAUGAACUGCUGAGCAGAUCUUCCCACAUUUCACCUUGUACGUGACUGAUAAUGGGAUAUCUCUGGGUUGUAACUCCUGGAAGUAGAGACCUAAUGGAGAAUGAGCUGCGCUUACCUUAGGUUUUAGUGAUGUUAAAUUAGAAAUAAUUAGUUUGUGGCCGUUGCAGAGAAGGGAUUCAGUUUGAAGAAAAAGUGCAAAAGAAAAGGGCUUUCUCUUUUUCAUUAAAAGAUGUAGGUCUACUCUAAUCUCAUAGUGCUGCUGCUGAUUUUUUUUAAUGUGGAAGGGUAAACAAAAGCUUUUACACACCAUCUAUACAAUUUUCUAGUUGUUCGUGUUUCCAUGUUCAAGUUUGACUUUCACAUCUAGCUAGUUGCUUAGAAUAAGUAACUGAUGGAGCUGCUGUGGUUGAUAGGCAGAAAUUUACUAGAUGCUGCUUUCAGCUUCAGCUGCGGAGAGUUUCUAUUUAUCCAAAAA